AUGAAUCCUCAGAAUAAACGUUAUUUCGCAAUGCUAAUUGUUGUCUCUGUUAUGACAACGCUAUUCUGCGUGAAGAAACCGUCAUUAGCAAUAAUUAAAUCGAUUGUCAAUACAAUCAUAGUUCCAACAUCACUUGUAACUAUGCGACCAUUGCCAAACACAACUGUCGAUGCUUACAUAUACGCUCAACAUCUUUCUAUCAAUGGUAUCGUGGAUCCUCCAUGUUAUCAAACUCGAAAUAUUUAUGUUUGCUCAGGUUAUUGCCCUUGGUCGAAUACUCCAAAUAAUGAACUCACCGUGUGUUCCUUUCUACCUCGGACUCCUCAUCCGGAUUUUGUGAAACUCGGUAUCUAUUGCAUUCCUGAAUCAGAUCAUUGUCCCACAUAUAAUGCAUGGCUGAAAGACGCGCUGCGAUCAACAUUUGAACGCAUUGCCCAGAUUCCUGAGAAUCUUUUAUCUAACUUUACACUGAACAAUUCAGUUCCCAUUGAGUACGGUUAUAUUGAUUUUCGUCAGUACGACACUUGGCUAGUUGAAUGGACAGAGAAAGAAAUAGCAAAGUAUCGUAUGGAACUACGACAACGAGCUGAUUACGGAUCCUACAAAUCCAAAGAUCUUUUUCUAGCGUUUGAUAAAUAUGCCUCCAUCGCCGUCGUGAACAAAUCGUGUGCCGUUAUCGGAACCGAAUACCCCUGGAUUGAAGCGGCGCUGCUCGAAUACAAUGCAUCUAUGGUAACAACCAUUGAGUAUGCAACUAUUUUUUCGAACGUCACUCGCUUGAAAACAAUCACGCCGAGAGCCUUUGCACAAAAACAGCAAAGUGGUACUCGUAGUAGAGAGUUUUUCGACAGUGUGUGGUCGUACAGUAGUUUGGAACAUGAUGGUCUCGGUCGAUAUCGUGAUCCGUUGAAUCCAUAUGGUGAUCUGCAAACGAUGACGAAGAUAGCAUGCAUUUUGAGGCCAGGUGGAUUUUUGUUUCUCGGCAUACCACUAAACCGGAAAGACCGCUUGCAAUUUAACUUACAUCGUAUAUAUGGCCCGAUUCGCUUACCACUGAUGUAUCGAUACUAUCAUGUCGUAGAAGUGCUGGGUCUAGGAAUGCCGAACGAUACAAAUAAAUGGACGUUUCAACCAUUCGUUGUUUUACAAAACAAAGUUGGAUAACACCUCGACAGAAGAAUCGAAAACAACAACAUCGAUCGAACGGCAAACAACGAGGAAAUUCAAAUUGACGAGGUCCAUACAGUCAACGAUUGGGAACAUGCUGAUCUAGGCGAUGAACAACGGAAGCAAAAAUUUCUCCGAUUAAUGGGUGCAAAAAAACAUGUACUUGAAGAUCGAAUAGAAACGAAAAACAAUACUCAAUUAUCUGAGAAGAAACAUUGCCGUUCGAAGGUAGAGAACGAAGAGAUUGAUCGUGAUUUAGAAAAACAGUUCAAUGAAAGUUUACAAUCGAAAAUUCUUCAUACGCAUCAUGAAGGCCUUGGUUUUCAUGCAAAUGAAAAAAUACCACAUAAUUCAGACUCAAUUCAGCCAACGUCGACGAAAUUUAUUCCGGCGACAAAUCAAAUCUCUUCGUCCAUAUCUGACCAAGAAAAACACAAAAACGCAGAAUGA